AUGACUGCAAGUCUUUUGACGCAUGAUUUAACUCAUACAAGCCGUUCGGUUAUAUCCAGUCUUGAAACAUUAAAACAAGAACAUAAUUUAUUACUUUCAACUUCGAACGAUGAAGAUAAACGUGCCAGUAUUAAACAAUCUCUCGAAUCUAUUGAUUUGGGUAUGGGCGAAGCAGUGGUCAUGUUACAACUUGAACAUCAUUUAGAUGAUCUUGAUAGUGAAACAUAUAAAUUAAUGUUACAAGUACGACGAUUAACAGAAGAAAAUAGUUGGUUGCGAGAUGAAUUAUCUGCGACAGAAAAAAAUCUACAAACAAGUACACAAAUAAAACAAGAGUAUGAAAAAGAUAUUCUUGUAUUAAACGAAUCAUUAGCAUCUAUUGUUGACAAUGAAGAUUUACAUUUAACUAGUUCAAUAGAUAUUGAUAAAGAUGUACCACCUGAAAUCAAAGAACAAACUCCAGUAGUACCUAAUCUUAAUACCGAUGUAAAAAAUUAUUCGGAAGUGCCAGCACGUUUUCGUACACUUCAUAAUCUUGUGAUACAGUAUGCGCAAGCUGGUCGGUAUGAAGUAGCUGUACCAUUAUGUCGACAAGCACUUGAAGAUCUUGAAAAAAGUCAUGGUCACACACAUCCCGAUGUAGCAACGAUGCUUAAUAUACUUGCAUUAGUUUAUCGAGAUCAGAAUAAAUUUAAAGAAGCAUUACAACUAUUAACUGAAGCUUUAACUAUACGAGAAAAAACGCUGGGUUUUGAACAUCCUGCAGUAGCAGCAACUUUAAAUAAUUUAGCUGUACUCUAUGGGAAAAAGAAUCGAUAUAAAGAAGCAGAGCCAUUAUGUAAACGAGCAUUAGAAAUUCGAGAAAAAUGUUUCGGUGUUGAUCAUCCUGAUGUCGGUAAACAAUUAAAUAAUUUAGCAUUAUUAUGUCUCAAUCAAGGCAAAUAUGACAAAGUUGAAGAAUAUUAUAAACGUGCUAUUGAUAUAUACAUAAAACAUUAUGGGAGCAAUGAUCCAAAUGUUGCCAAAACAAAAAAUAACCUUGCAUCAGCCUAUUUACGUGAAGGCAAAUAUAAGCUAGCAGCUCAAUUGUAUCAAGAAGUUCUAUCGAAUGAGCAAUGUCAAAAUUCAGCGAAUAAUGUAAGCACAACACCGAUUUCAAUACGAGAUGGUUCAACAGUAAUGACCACAUUAAAAAAUCUUGGAGCACUUUGUCGUCGACAAGGUUUCUACGAACAAGCAGAUUAUAUUGAAUCAUGUGCAACUAAAGCAAUAGAAGAUCCAGGAGCUAUUGAUCGCGCUUUAUAUCUUUUACGACAACUUCGAAUCUAUGAUGAUAACAAUCAAGGAACAAUACGACGCGCUCAACAACAACCACCUCCACAAGAAUAUGGGCAAUUACGUCGUAGUGGUUCAUUUCAAAAAUUACGGCAAAGUAUUCGGCGUGGUUCAGAAAAACUUGUACAGAAACUUCGUGGAACAUCAUCUACUGGUUGGAAUAACCAAUCAAUAAAUUCUUCACAAUACGAACCGCAACCACAACCACAACAACAAUAUCAUCAACAACAGCGACAGCAAGAAGAUGCUAAUUAUGGUCCAAUGAAGCGUGCAUCUUCGAUGUCUGUUCUAAAUAAUGUUCCAUUACAACAGCAACCAAUGAACAGACCGUUAGGAGCAACAAAUUCCGUGGAACAACAAAAUAAUUCUUCAUUCAAACAACAGUAUUCGUCGAAAUUUAGUGGUCGACUGACCAGUGCUGAAAAUUUUCAUUGA